UGCUGUUGUCAGAGUGAGAGAGCGAGAGAGCGAGAGAGAGAGAGUGAGGAACGAUCUGACGGCAGACCGACAAACGGCAGCUCAGUGGAACUUGAAAGACGACGGCAGCGCUGUUAUAAAAGGGGGAUAAAUUGUGAGCGAGCUUGGCUAGGCGUGUGCGCCGUGUUUGGGCGUGUCUGGUGUCGGCUUCGUCAGUGAAGCUCUCUGCGAUUCCCAUCAUCAGCUUCUCGGGCGCGUGACCCUUGUUUUACUCCGCUACCAUCAUGUCGGACGAGAUUCCGCUCCGCUAUUCCUGGACCUUCUGGUACUCGAACAAGAAGCAGCGUAAUCGCGAUAAUUUCGACGCUUCAAUGCAGAAAAUGUGCACCGUGUCCACGGUCAAGGAAUUCUGGAACGUUUACAGCUUUCUGCAGCGUCCGAGCGAGCUUCCCAUCUGUGACCUCAUGCUCUUUCGCGAUGGUAUUCGCCCCGUCUGGGAGGACGACAAGAACAAGAGCGGUGGCCGAUGGAGCCUGCACUUGAAGAAGGGCAUUCAAGCCUCGUCUCGAGCUUGGGAAAAUCUACUUCUGGCCAUUAUCGGCGACCAGUUUACCCAUUCUGAGGAAGUUUGUGGCGUUGUGCUCAAGAUUCGCCAGAGCGAUGACUCUUUGUGCCUCUGGAACCGCACAGCCAGCGAUGCCGAAACGCGAACAACCAUCGGCAAGGACCUUAGGAAAGUGCUGCGCUUGGACAGCGGCGUGCUGAUCAAAUACAAGUUUCACGAGCAAACCGAGCAGCCUGAGGAUGAGAUUACUCUUCUUCUCUUUCAACCGGAGAGGGGAGGGCCCCAGCCCGAGGCCAAGCCUGUGGCCAUUGACAACGAGCGUCGCACCACCUGUCACACAUCCAACCAAACUCAAUUCAGCUGA